AUGAUCCAUGUAUCGCCGACGUGGGGAGAUGAUGAUAGGUAUGGUGAGCGGCUGGGGUGUGCGUGGAAAGUCGGCAGAAGAAAAGGUGGCUGCCGGAUUGGUAGUGCAGGGCGUUUGGUUUUUCUCUUUGCUUUACUUUGCCCUUAUCAGAUUGACGCGGGUGAUCUUCUCCCAGGAUACGUAUAG